AUGCGGUACGGCUCCCUCGCCUGGACUUCUCCGCCUGCCGCGCGACGGCUCGUCGCCUGGCUGGCCAUGACGACACCGCCGACGCCGCUCGACCUCAGUGGCGACGGCGGCUGCCUGAUGACGACGCUGCGAGAGCCGCUCCCGACCGCGGCGCGCGCCUGCGGGCGUGUGCGGGUCGGCGCGGAGCCGUCGGACGCUGCGCUCGGGUGGGACCUUGCGCUGCCUCGGAUGCGGGUGGGUCAGCAGGUGCGCCUCGAGUGUGGGCCGUCGUACGCGUACGGCGAUGCGGGCGCCCCUCCGCUCAUCCCUCCCAGCUCGCCCGUCACGUUCGAGCUCGAGCUGCUCAGCGUGCGGGAGCCCUAG